UUUGUAACAAUUUAAAUAGCAGUCUCACUUUGUCCUGUUUUGUCGUGCUUUUGAUUCUCCUUUGGUGGAUCCAGUUUGUGGUUGGUUGUUUGAUUAUUCUGUAGCUUAAACUUUAAUGGGUUUUCAAAUGAUGACUGCAUUAUUAUGGGACUCAUGAAAGAUCUUUUCCAGUUUUUUUUUUUUGGGGGGCGGGGGGCGGGGGGGAGGGUUUCUAGCACAAUCCAACUCUAACCCACAUAAAUAGUGAAUUAAGGUAUGAACUCUUCAUCAACUCAAUUUGCCACUUCAGGAAUGAUGGGUUUAUAUGAGCCAAUCCACCACCAGGUUAGCAUGUGGGAGAACACAUUUAAUGGUGAUUUUAGCCCAAACAAAGGCGCGCCUGCAAUUGUACAGGGGGAUGCAAGUGUAGGCAACAAGUCUGAAUAUACUUCUUAUGAGUCAAUAAGCUCUUUGGGAAACAAUCAAGAACCAAAGAAAAUGUCUGAUAAGGUGCAAAGACGCCUAGCACAAAAUCGUGAAGCUGCCCGUAAAUGCCGUUUGAAGAAAAAGGUCCAUGUUCAACAAUUGGAAACAUGCCGUUUGAAGUUGACACAAUUGGAGCAGGAACUUCAGAGGGCUAGACAUCAGGGUUUGUACGUUGGGGGUGCACCAAAUAAUGGUCAUGUAGGAUUGUCUGUUCCUUUAAACUCAGGUAUUACUGUGUUUGAGAUGGAAUAUGGACUCUGGAUUGAAGAAGAACAAAGACAAAAUUGUGUACUAAGAAAGGUGUUGCAAGAUCAUAUAAGUGAUAUCGAGCUUCGUAUGUUUGUGGAAACUGGCUUAAACCACUAUUACAAGCUCUUCCAAAUGAAAGAAGAUGCUGCUAAGGCUGAUGUCUUCUAUUUGAUGCAUGGCACAUGGAGAACACCUGUUGAGCGCUUAUUCCUUUGGCUUGGAGGGUUCCGCCCAUCGGAGCUUCUAAAUAUUCUAUUGCCGGAACUUGAGCCCUUAACUGAUCAACAAGUUCUGCUUGUUGGUAACCUACGGCAAUCGUCUCAGCAAGCUGAAGAUGCUCUCUCACUGGGAAUGGAUAGACUUCAGCAAACAUUGGCCCAGAGCAUCAUAGCUGAUCCCACCUGUGCAGGAAUUUAUGGUUCUCCAAUGGCUUCUGCAAUGGAGAAUCUGGACGCGAUGGAGGGUUUUGUCAACCAGGCAGAUCAUCUUCGCCGACAAACUUUGCAGCAAAUGUCUCGCAUUUUAACAAUUCGUCAAUCAGCCCGAGGAUUGCUUGCCAUGGGGGAAUACUUUCGACGACUUCGUGCUCUUAGCUCACUUUGGGCUUCUCAUCCUCGUGAACCUGCCUAGUUUACUAUGUUAGGAACCUCAAACACGACAUUUGAGUUGUCAUCAUUGGCAGUAUUCAUGCCGGACUUGCAGAGUAGACAUAUAUUUUGAUAGCUUUUGUCAUGUAUUUAGGGCUAUGUAAUCUGUUAAUAUUUGUUACGCAGCUUUUCGAGUUUGUAAAUAUAAAUCAUAGAGCUCCUUGUAUUAGGAGACUAGAUUGAAACCUUGUAUGCAAGUUGUAUAGUUGAAUUGCUUGCAGGGAACCUUGUUUAAAAUUCAGGUUUCAGAUUUUUAAGUGGA